AUGGUAUCUGCUGGCUACUUUGGUGGCUAUGGACUCGGAUACGGACACGGCUAUGGCGGCUACGGCGGGUAUGGUGGCUACGGUGGUUAUGGUGGCUAUGGACUCGGAUACGGACACGGCUAUGGUGGAUACGGCGGUUAUGGUGGCUAUGGACACGGCUACGGUGGAUACGGUGGUUAUGGUCGCGGUUUCGGUCUCGGAGGAUACGGCGGAUACGGAGGCUACGGCGCUCACGGUUAUGGCUACGGGCAUGGAUUUUACGGCUAG